AUAUAUAUAUAUAUUGGAUUACAUUAUUAAAGCUAAAAGCAAAAUAUAGUUGAGAAGGGGAGUAAAUACUAUUUAUUGAGAAAUCUGAUUAUGGCUCUCUUGGAUAUCAUUAUCUCUGAUAGAAUUCCUCAGCGAUCGGCACUCAAAUAUGAAUCCAAUAGCAGCUAUAGUAGUAGUAACAACAGCUUUACGUCUCCCAUGAACAGCUAUCCACAAGUAAACUCAGAAGGCUCAACUGAUUCUUCACCCUCACGUGUGUCAUCCAACUUUAUUAGAAGCCAUGGUUUUUUUAGGCGCUUAAAUUCACGCGCAUCCGUACCAGCCUCCUCCUGCGUUUCUCAUCCUAAUUACACCGAAAGUAACAAUGAAGUCGUAGAAUUAAUACGUCACUGUUUGGAAAAAUGCGGAGAGGAAGAGGGAUAUAUACCACUUUUUAAAGCAGUUCUUCCUGGUCUGAACGACAUUGAGGAAAAUCGAUACACACGGUUGUUGGACGGUAGAGCACGAGAUAUAUUGUUAACUGGUGUCAUUACUCGAAUCACGCACUAUGUUUCAAAACAUAUUGGACUGGUAUUUAUUUGUGAUGAUGUUCAGUGUAAGCGAAAAAUCUGAAGCAAUGUAAAUAAAUAUCUAAUAGUAUGGCGAAAGGGGCCGACACUGCUUCAUUAACUAUAUUGCAAAAUAUACACGAACACUGUCAACGAAUAAUGCUACUUAUGGCAACUCGUCCUCUCAGAGAUUACAAUUUGACGUUUCUCGAUGUGUACA